AUGGCGCGGCACUCGGCGGCGGGGCGGACGGACGCGUGGGGAAAUAACGACGCGAGACCCGAGCUGCGCACGCUCCAUGGGCGCGUGCUGCGGGUGUUGCUGCUGUGGUUCGUCUGUAGCGUGUGGGUGCUCGGAAUCGCGGGCUUUGUGGCGCUCUGGGCGGCGUCGCUCUUCAACAUCGCGCGAUGGGUCUUGACGCAAGGCGGGGCGUCUGUGCCGCGCUACGUGCAGCUCUAUCUGAGCUUCAUGGCAGUGUACGAGGGCUACCACUACGCCACGAGGCCGUCCCGCCACCAGUGGCCGCUGAUGCGGAGACUCAUGCGCUAUGUGUUCACGCAGUACCCGUACUUCCGCCUGAAUGUGACGGUCUUCGAAGAGCGAGAGGAAGCGGAGAGGAAGUUAAGAAAUGACGGAGGCAAGAAGGAGGGAACUACAGCAACUGCUGCUGCUUGCAAGGCUGUGGAGGAGAAUGACCUGUCACCUUUUGUGCAGCCGAACGACCGCGCGCUGUUCGCCUUCCACCCGCACGGCGUGCUCUCGUGCGGCUGGUCCUUUGGAGGCGUGCACCACAUGAGCUUCGAGCGCGCGGAUUGCCGAGAGCCACUUGGCGUGGCGGGCAGCGCGUUCCCAGUGGACAUCGAUGGGGGCCAGUCGGUUGGAGACUUGAAGAAGGCGAUCAAGGCGGAGAGUGAGGACAUUACCAUCCCGGCAAAGGACCUGAAGCUCUUCCUGGCGAAGACGGAGGGCGGCGCGUGGCUGCCAGACGACGACCAAGCUGCGCUGGAUCUGGAGGACGGAAAGGUUCAUGAGGACAUUCAAGCGUUGAUCGAUGGCGAGAAGAUGAAGGCUACGUGGACAAUUGAGGACGUGUUGACAGCUAACAAUAUGACCAAACGGAAAGGGCGCGCUCCAAAGUCGAGACAAAUCCACGUGCUGGUGGUGGUUCCGGAGGGUGCAUUUGGUUCAGCGAGCGAGACUUCCAAGAUGGAUCAACUCGUCGAAAAGGUUGACAAGAUGUACGAGCAGACUGUGCUGGGGAAACGCAAAUAUGUCCACUCGGAGGUAACCUCGACCCAGGGCAGGCAGCUUCUGAACGACUUGGAUAUUCGGGUGGAAUUUGUGCGCACAGUUCCAUUCGAUGCUGGAGAGGGUUCUUCAGUUGACCCAUACGAGUGGAAACGAGUGAUUAUUGAGAACGGCGAAGAGGUCGUACUCACUGAGGAGCAGCAGCGCAAACGAUAUCGCCGAUACGUGGAACACAACAUUGGCACUGUGCUCAAGGAGACGCAACUUUGCGUGAUUGGCGUGGAAAGAGGCACAAACAUCCUCACAGUUAAAGUUCCUGGUCGCGAAAUUGAGCUCGCUGGACGUACAGAUCUCCUCAUACUGAGUGAUCUUGUUGCGAUGAGGCCGACCGAGGUGCAGUACCUGCCUGGUGUGAAGAUGCUGAUCGAAGUGAAGAGAGACGUUAAGGCAAGCAACGACUUCCAGGCAUUGUCGGAGCUGAUCGCUUUGGAUCUGCUCGUUGACGACCCAGUAAUGGCGCUCCUUACUGAUUUGGAAGGAGAGUGGAUAUUCUUCUGGGUGGCCGAGAAGAUAAACAGUUCUGCCCGUAUCCACAAAGCGGCGAUCAACAAGCCAGGUGAAGCCUUCGAGGUAAUUAGAGCGCUACUGGUGCAGCCACCGACUGCACCCGCUGAUACUGAUACCACCGAGAUCAAGCUCCCGUAUUUCCAAAGUCCCGUGAAGAGAUUGAAGCUGAGAAAGGCGUUACCACCUAUCGGAGAGGGUGGUGACAAUGGCGGGAUUCGUGAGAGCAUCGAACGAUACUAUGACAUCGCCAGUAUGUUAGGUCCCGACAUUGAGAUGGCGCGUGCUGUGGCUCGGCAGACUGAUCCUGAUGACACUCGCUACUUCUACUCGAAUCUCGCUAACACUUAUGUAUUCAAUAAGCCCGUCGCAAUCAAUAGCAAUGCGGAUAUUCGGAAGAAGGUGAUUUCGGAAAUCCGGUCUAUGGAGUUGGCUGACAAGCUGAACUACAGCUUGGGGUAUAAGCUUAAGGCGAUCACUGCAUUCAAGAUUUUCGUCUACCAUCGCGACCAUGCUCUUGGGGAUAGCAAAGCUGUUAUUCCGAAGGUUAUCCGCGAAAACAAGCAUGUAAUCAACUUCCCUAAGACCAACAACAAGUGCGUCUUCCACUGCAUCGCCUGGCACACAUUCCAGAGCGCUAAGAAGGAUCCUCGUAGAAUUCAGGCUCAGGUGAAGGAGGCAUUCAAGCGCUACUGCUCUUUCAAGGGGGUGAAGUAUACGUUGAGUCUAUUUAGAAGCUUCAAGCCUAUUGACCUACUACAGCUCGAUGAGGUUGAGGACUGCUUCCAACUCGGUAUUAACGUAUAUAGCAUGGAUGUAGCUACCGGGAACGUAGAAUGCAUUCGUAGGUCGGACAAGGGAUAUGAAUCGAUGGAUAUUCUAUCACACGAGAAUCACGCUCUCUACAUCAAGGGCAUCGAUAUGCUUCAGUCUAAGUAUCAGUGUCCCAAGUGUGAAAUGAUUUUCGUGAGCGGUGAAAGACUCAAAAACCACAAGAAAAAUCAGUGCGAACUUGUGAAUAUUGAGAGCUUCCCUGCUGAGCCAACUAUCUACAAGCCAGCUCCUAACGCGAUUCGAUCACUGCUUGCAAAGUAUUCCAUUAAGGAUGCUAACCAGUACAUCGACCACUUCAUUGUCUAUGACUUUGAGGCAAUUCUUAAGCCUACCGCGACUCAACACAGGGAAAGUACUGUCUUCACGAACGAACACAUUCCGGUGUCUGUAAACGUAGCUGAUAGCUUAACCGAGGAGGUGCGCUGCUUUGUGAAUGAUGAUCCGAAGAUGCUGCUGACGGAUAUGUUCAAAUACAUCGGUGAUGUAUCGCUGAAGAUCCAACAGUACAAUGUCGAUAAGUAUAAGUCGCUUCUGCAAAAAAUCAUCAACGCCCACGGUCUGACAGGUAUGGAAGUUCCAGGCGUAAAUCUUGGUAAGAAGUACAAGAUGGCUGAUGUGGAGAGUUGGAUUAAGGAAGGGAAGUAUGAUAGCUUCUUCCACUUUCAUAGCAGUCUUGGCUUUGGUAAGCAGAGGUCCGACUACGGGCGACUGAAACAGCAGAUUGAUCAGGUACCAGUAUUUGGCUUUAGUUCUGGUCGAUACGAUAUCAACUUGAUUAAGAGCGACUUAUUCGCCAUCAUCGGUACUGACAACAUCAAAUCUGUUAUCAAGAACCCCAGCUACAUGUGCAUCGCUACAUCGAACAUGAAAAUGCUCGAUAUUAGCAACUAUGUACCGGCUGGUACCAGCUACGAUAAGUAUCUUACGACAUAUCUCGGUGGCUGCAAAUGUGAUGACAAAAUUAGAUGUGUCUGUGGUCUUGGUAAGGGUCUUUUCCCGUAUGAGUACAUCACCGCGUUCAAUGUACUCAACCAGACUACUAUCCCGCCUAAGUCAGCUUUUGACAGCAAGCUCCGUGGAACAAGCAUCAGCGAUGAUGAUUACGAGCGAGUAAAGUUUGUGUGGGGGUACUAUGAGAUGAAGUCCAUCAAGGAUCUACUGGUCUGGUACAACAAUCUCGAUGUAGUCCCAUUCAUCAAGGCUAUCAAAGCCCAGCGCGAGCUAUUCAUGCGUUUCGAUCUGGAUAUGUUUGCAGAUGGAGUGUCGCUACCUGGACUUAGUGAGAAGGUUAUGUAUCAGACCUGCUUCAACAAUCUCCAAUACCCGGAUAAGGCACCUGCUAACGCAUUCCAAUUUCCAACCCAUCGUAUGGGUGGCUACAAGAGUCAGGAUGCGAAGGCAAAGCGGGAAUUUGGUAUGACACUUGCUCACUUGGAUACAUUGCUGCAAAAGCAAAAGUAUCUGUGCGGUUUAUGCUACUGUAAGCUGAACGCCGAUACCGCUUCAGCAGACCGUAUCAACAACAAGCUUGGGCAUAUCGAUGGCAACAUAUUGGUUAGCUGUAUCAAGUGCAACACUGCCCGUAAGGACAUGUCGCUCAAGGGAUUCCGCUAUAAGAAAUUGCUUGAGUUCAACUCGGACAGGCUGGUGUAUAGCAUUGAUAAGGAGGAAAAAGAUAUCUACGCUAAGAUGAAGGCCAACAUUGCUGGAGGUCCAUCUAUUAUCUUCAAUCACUACGCUAAGCGCAACGAGACGAAGAUUCGCGGAGGUAAGGUCUGUAAGAAAAUUAUCGGCUACGAUGCCAACGCUCUAUACCUAUGGGCACUUGGUAAUGAGAUGCCAUGCGGACGAUUGACUACGAUCGAGGCUUAUGACGGCAUUGUCGAGGACAUCGUUUGUGAUAAGAUUUUCGGCUUCCUCGAGUGUGAUAUUCGCACACCAGAGCACUUGAAAGACUACUUUUCAGAGAUGACCCCCAUCUUUAAGAACACGCUAAUCGACUGUGCUGAUGAGAGUGUCAUUGGUCAUCACAUGUACAAGUACAACGAGGCACGUAAGCAAAGCCGAGCAAAACCAGCUCGUAAGCUGAUAGGUAGCUACUUUGGUGAAAAGAUUCUCAUAUACGCACCUUUGCUCAAGUGGUAUCUCUCUCACGGUUUGGAGAUCACCAAGACUUACAGCUUCAUCAAGGCGAAAUCUCACAAGGCUUUUGCUCCAUUUAUGGAGGCUGUAUCAAAUGCCCGGCGAGAGGGUGAUGUUGAUAAGUCGAAGGCGAUGAUUGCUGAGAUGAUGAAACUUGUAGGCAACAGUGCUUUCGGUCGAUCUGGAAUGGAUAUGAGCAAGCACAAAGAGGUCAAGUACGAGUCGAAUGACAAAGCUAUUAAGAACAAGAUUGAGCACUUUACGUUCCACGGGUUGGAGGAGCUUAAUGAUUCUUGUGAGAUUAUGAUGAAAAAGCGUCGGCUUAACAACAAGAACCCGAUCCAUUUAUCGAUUGCUAUCUAUCAGCUCGCUAAGCUGCGCAUGCUUCAGUUUUACUACGACUGCAUCGACUAUUACUUUGAUCGAUCAGACUUUCAAUAUCAGGAGAUGGACACGGACAGUGGGUAUAUCGCGUUCAGCUGCGAGAACCCAUUUAAAGAAUGCAUCAAGUCUGAGGUACGUGAUCACUUCGAUGAGCAUAAGUAUGAGUGGUUUCCGCGAGACUACAACGUCGAGGUAGCCAAGUUCGACCGCCGCACGCCUGGUCUAUUCAAGGAAGAGUGGCGAGAUGAUGCAAUGGUCUCAUUAUCAUCUAAGAACUACAUCUGCUAUCUACCGGACGAGGAGCACAAGGUCAAAAGCUCGCUCAAGAGUGAUCCGGAGAUUAAGGUCUCCUCUGGCAAGCGCGUGCCCUUUGUUAUCGAUCUUAACCAAGCUGUCCAAGAGUUUCAGAGUCCUUUCGAUUCGGCUCCUUGGACUCUUCACCCUGGUUCGAGCAUUCGCAACUUCAACGUCCGCAUUGGUUCGCAACAGACCUUCGACAUCAGCCAUGACUAUGACUUCCACCACUUUACCAACGAGAUCGCUAAGAUUGCUUCGAUUAACGGUGAUCUAACUCCCGAGCUGGUGAAUGGUCUUCUUGACUAUCAGACGUGGUCUCUAACUAACCGCGUCCUUAUCGCUGACGUUAGCCGCCUGACGGAGCGUGAUGUACCUCAGGCUAAUCAGGUCCAGGGUGUCAACGCUGGUUGCCAGGGAACCAACAUGCUUGUAUUGGUUGUGAGUGAGCAAGAGCUCUCCUAG